AAAUGACUGGCGGUUAUUUCGUAUGGCAUUGGACUUUGGUUCGUCGGUUCAGUCUUGGAGCUUUUUGCCUUACCACAUCGUUAAGCGUAUAUACAGUUAUUUAGGCGAUGAAGUUGUUUACGUUUCUACCGUAUGCAAACGCUGGCGUGGGGUCGCAUACACCGAUAGAUCUGUAUGGAAGAAACUACAUAUAUGUCCUCCUAAUUUUCCAGAAGUUGAAGCUCUCAAGAAUCAGAUUAUCCCCAUGAAAAUUUGUAACGAGGUUUCGCUUGAAUUUGAUCCAAGGGAUGAGUCUCAUGUUGCUGUUUUGGAAUACACACUUAAUGCUUUGUGUUCGAAUGCUGGAAUACAUUCCAUUUCCCUACGACCGACAUUAAAACUUUUAUACAAUAAAUCCUCUUUAAAUAUCUCGAACCGACUUUCAAAAAAAGGGAAAUGAUCUUUAAUAAUAUGAGUAUUCCACGAGGAUGUCAACUGUUUACAUACUUUCCGAGGUACUGGAGAUCGACUAAAUACUCUGUUUGAAGAAUGAACUACAACUGGGUGAUCCAUAUAUGUACAAAAGAAUAAUAAAUGCAUUAUGCGAGGUCAUUAUGAAUGCUAAAUGUUUAAAAAAUUUUUAUUGGGGUGGGACUUAUUGUGGAAGUUAUGAAGUCAGUCGUGUAUUACAAUCAUUGACAAAAAAUCAAAAGCAUAAUUUAUUAUCAUUACAAAUUAUCAGAUUAUUUCAAAUCAAUCAAUCCAUGUCAUAUUUAAAUACAAGAUUAUUUAUAUUUUCCAACCUCAACCAAUUUUCUAUUAAUUACCUAAAUCUUUCGGAGGAUAUACUUUUAAUUUUAGCGAAAAAUUCAAACCAUCUUCGUAUUUUAAAACUUUUUGUACAAAACAAUGUUCAAGAUCUUCCCAUAAUUCGAAAUCAAAUUUGGAGACAUGUGCAUGAAAUACUUCCUAAUUUGCGCGUGACUUUAUUCCUAAUUUGUGUAAAUGAUCUCAAACAAUCAACAAUCCAUUCGAAUUCAACCAAUCAACGAAUGUCUUUCAUACAAAAUACUACUCAAGAACUUGAUAAUCAAUUACCACUACCAUCAUCAUCAUAUUCAUCGAUGUCACCAUCCCGUUCUGUCACUUCUACAUCCUCAUCGCCAGCGUCUUCAUGUUCACCGCAUAUACCGGUGCAAUGUCGACUGGAAAAUGAACGUGAACAACAUUUAGAGGAGUAUCAUCAUCCAUAUGGUGAACAGAAUCAAAUUUAUCAAUUACUUUCAACCAAACUUUUGCCUUCUGCUUUGCCUUUAAAUUCAAUUUAUAUAUACUAUUGUAAACCAGAUCCAUUGUCUUAUCUUAUACAAUAUUUAAUGGAUACAUUUGCUAUGAGUUUAGAGCAUUUCUAUCUAAUUGAUACUUUCAAUAUAAUAUCUGUGAUGUCAAACAAUUCUAACGGUAUUUUAUAUAAUAAUCCUCAUUAUACGGAAUAUACUACCAUUACUACUAGUAGUGAUAAUAAUAGCAAUAAUAAUAAUAAUGGCAAUAUCAUUAGAUUUAUUGCCAAUACACCAGCAACAAUGUCUUAUGAUGCUGUUAUUAAUUAUGAUAAUUACGACUGUGUUGACUCUGAUUAUCAGUCAAUGUUCAGUUCUUAUUCCUCACAUCAUUCAUUAUUACUGGAUAGUACAAGUGAUUUUGAUAUAUUGAGCUGUGAUUCUUCCUAUGAUCUAUUUGAUUAUGAUGAUAAAAGUUGUAGUAAUAAUAAUUAUUACUCAGGUAAUUUUUUGCUGCCCGUUUCAACCAGUGUAUCUUUGACUUCAUCAUCUUCGUCUUUACCGGUACCGUCAGGAUCAUGUUUGUCUGAUGAUCAAAUACACCAAUCAUUGAUAGCACCAAUAUCACUUCAUAAGAUGGUUGGACAAAUUGAAUACUCGUCUAAUUCAGAAAUUACAUUACCAAAAAAUGGGAAUGAUAGUUUGAGCAUAAUGAAAUCAACUGCAUGUGAGGAAAGUGCUAUCGAUAAGGGUGGUGGUAGUGAUACAAGGGUUGUAUCUCAUUCAUCGCUCAUUUCUACGCAUGAUAAUACCAAUACAACUAAAACCAAUGUUAGUGAUUAUUGUGAUUAUUUACCUUACGACUGUAAUUAUUAUUCCAAUUUUUCUGAGGCUCCACAAUCAUCUACUUCAUCAAAUCUUGUUUUUUACUCACCAAAUUUGUAUAAAGCGCCUGAUGAUGUCAACCCUGAUCCGUUUGUUAUGUUAGCAUGGAGAUGUCAACAACUGUCGCAUUUUACAUUAAUUGGUUACUGGUUUAAUAUUGUGGAUAUGAAAGCUUUUACAGCUCUUCGUGGUACAUCACUCAAAUCUUUUCGUAUUCCUAGUUGUUGUAUUUCUAUCGAUGAUCAAUCUUGGCCAUUUAAUUUGAAUGAGAAUUUAAAUGAAAUGUCACGCAAUGUAGGCUACAAAUGGAUACCAAUGGAAGAUUUAAACUUGCCCUCUGCUGUUUGGAAUCAUCAACCUCCUGAUCCUACCGCGUGUUUCUAUGAAAUUCAAAAUUCUUGUGGUCUAGACAGUGUUAAUGAUUAGUAAAUAUCACUAAAAUCAAUUGUUUUAUCCAUGUUUAUCAGUGUUAAUUAUUGUCAUUAAUUCAGUUGCAUUAUAACAAACCAUUUAUCUCAUAUUUAUAUUUUAUUUGUUUAAAUAAAUAUCUUAUUCUCGUUACUUUUCACGUAUUAUGCUUUGCAUUUUCUGGUUUCGUUGACUUUUUUCUUAGUAAAUAUUUUAAGAGAUACUUUUGGCAAUGUCAUUUUUGUUGGUCCGCUAACUUCUCUGUUUCUUAUCUUGUGAUAGACUACUACAGAUAAAGAGUAAUAUUCUUGAUAUCUAGACAGUUUGACUCACCAUUCAUUCUGAUAAUCAUCUAAUGUGUAUUGUUUAUUCGCGUCUAUUUUUUAAUUCUUUUGUUAUUUAGUAUACUUUCUUAUAUGCUUUAUAGAAAUUGGAUUGGAAACUCACUUCACUGGUUCCUAGUACUACUUUUAUCCAUUAUUAUGUGUAAUGACACUUUAAGAUAUCUCUUCAUUUUAUUUGCAUAUGUUCUUGUUGAAGUGUAGAGUAUCUUUCCAUUUUUCGUCAGGCACACAAUAUAUUUAGUUUUGUUUUUGUUCUGCUUAUCUUUAACUUUUAGCUUACCGUCAUUGUUGUGAUUGUCUUCGUCGCUGUAUCAUCUUCAUAUCUGCUUCAAUGUGCAUGUUUUUUUUAUUCACUGUUUUACUUAAACAUUUAGCUUAGAAAAUAUCAAUUAUGUUUAGUGGAGAAGGGGGGCUAGCAAAAAAGCAGAAUAUUUAAAAUUCUAUAAAAUUGGGGAGAUAUUCAUUGUACCUUUUAAAUUGUUUGCUAUUAAUAAAAAUGGCUUGUGUUCUU